AUGCUAAUUGCGAUUCCGAAGGUGACAUUCGCAUACAUUGGCGUCGAGUUACUCACCACGACAGCCUACGAAGCCAGAAACUCGAGCCAACUGAAGUUGACUGCCAUGACCAUCGCGCCACAGAUCUGUUUACUUUAUGUCGCGAUCGUGGUGACCUUCGUUGUGAAUGUUGCCUGGAAUGAUCCAUCACUCCCCAAAGUCUUUGGUCAAGCACCAGCCGCUAAAGAAACCGACAUUACAGCUCGCGAUGCGCCACAUCACAAUACCAGCGCUUUGCCAAUUGUUGCACUCGUUGAGACCGGUAGCGAUACUCUGGCAUCGGUCCUGUCCGGAAUAUUGAUGUAUUCCGGGCUGAGUGCAGCGAACACUGGCCUCUACGUCGCUUCUCGAACUGUUUACGGCCUUUCGCGCAAUAUCGAUGUUAACAGGGAUGCUAACAUCUUCCGCCGAUUCAUGCAUCGUUUAAGCGAUGUACUACCCUGGACCGGCGCACCCCUAUGGGGCGUGAUCAUCCCUGUAGUGGUCCUCUACUGGCUGCCAUUCAUUCACAUCGAAGAGGACACUACAAAAGAAUUGGUAAGAACGUGA